UUGGUCUAUGUUGAUCGCACUUUGGUUCUCUGGUCCGCUGUCGAUUCCGGUGUACGGUAGUAACCAAGAAGCUCCAGAACUGGUGGGUGCUGAGAAGAUCUGCUGAUCCUGGUUCUCCCAGUGAAGAAAAUGAAUGAAUGGGCGCCUAUCGCAAAGAACUAUCAUCCACUUAAAGCUGGAAGUAUUGAUGGCACAGAUGAAGAACCUCAUGAUCGCGCCGUUCUGCGGGCGAUGUUGGCCCGCUAUGUUCCCAAUAAAGGGGUGGUUGGGGAUCCCCAGUUGACUUUGUUUGUGGCACGUUUAAGCCAACAAACCACUGAAGAAAAACUAAAAGAGGUGUUUUCUCGCUACGGAGACAUCCAGAGGAUCCGGUUAGUUAGGGAUUUCAUAACUGGUUUUUCAAAGGGUUAUGCCUUCAUUGAAUAUAAACAAGAGCAUGCCAUAAAGAAAGCGUAUAGAGAUGCCAACAAACUGGUGGUCGAUCAGCAGGAAGUCUUUGUGGAUUUUGAACUGGAAAGAACUCUGAAAGGAUGGAUCCCCCGCAGGCUAGGAGGUGGAUUUGGUGGUAAAAAGGAGUCAGGCCAGCUUAGGUUUGGAGGCCGAGAUAGACCAUUUAGAAAACCAAUUAAUUUGCCAUUUUUCCCAAGUAACACCCGCCUAGAAGUCCAUGGAGAAAAUAGACAAAGGUCCCGCUCCAGAGAAAGACCUUAUGACCGAAGAGGGAAGGAGUACACAAGAGACAGAGGACGAGAUAGGUGGCCACAAAGAUCCGAAAGAGAACAUACUACAGAGAGGCAUGCCAAGGAGGAAAGGAACAGAGACAGAGAUGACAAAGACAGGAGUAGAAGAGAAAGCAAAAGAAGCAGAGAGCGAGAUCACAGAAGAUGAAGAUAUGAUAUAGAGAUAUAUUAUUAUAUUAGGGCUGCAACAAUUAAUCAACGUUAUCGAUAACAGGAUUCGUUGUCAACAAAUCCAGUUAUCGAAUAAUCGGCCGAUUCGUUGCUAUACGGGCGAGAGGUCAGGUGCUAUGCCUGUGGGUCCUUAAACUUUAAAUCACUGCUUCUUUAUUACCUUACAAUGAAGC